AUGGGAGACCUUUUUUCUUUAUUUUGGGAGGUGGAUCCUCCCCUACCUAUAAGUUUUACCAUUCCAAAUCAAGAUUAUGAAUGCCGGAAGGAUGACUCUUGUGGGACAAUAGGGAACUUCCUGCUUUGGUAUUUUGUCAUUAUAUUGGUCCUGAUGUUCUUCUCUCGGGCUUCUGUCUGGAUGUCUGAGAAGAAAAAGAAUGAAGACAAUGGAACAAGCACUUCACUAAGUAAAGCAAGCAAAGAUACUUCCUAUAAGCGGCAAAACAAAGAUGGUGCCUGGGAUUCUUUGCAAAUGAUGACAAAACCAAAGCAGAACCAACUUACUCUUGUAACUGACUCAGAAGUGGCUUUGGUCAAUGCAUAUCUUGAACAAAGACGAGCGAGGCACCAUUCUGAAUUCAGCCGGGUGAAUCAGACCCAACCUGACAGUGAUACUACUGAGUGUGAGAGUGAAGUAUCUAACUCGGGAGCCUCCUCUUGGAAGGAGAGUGAAAGUGAACACCACCAAUCACCAGCCAGUAUUAAGAAGAGAAAAAUAGCUCAGAGGCAAAGGAAUAUGGGAGGUUGCCAAAUCAGGGAAAGGCCCUGCCUCCACUGCAAAGCCAUGAGAACCAAUGAAUGGCUGACCCGCCAUUUCCUUCAAAACACUUCAGUAACAACCCCAAAGAAGGGAGAUAUUCAAGAAGGAAAUUCUGGACCUGGUAUUAACAAAAUUCAGUAAUUUGAAUUUUAAUCCAGUCCUUACCUUACUUGAAGCCAAAUGAAAGAGAUGAAUAAAACACAAAAAAUCACCAGAGCUCUAGGUGAGGAGGCUUUUACAAUAAAGUCUCUCUACUAACAACAAAAACAUUCUUGGAAUGCAAGAGAUAAAAUUUCAGAUAAUUCUUUGUCCAAAAACAGGCCAGUGAAUUUGUUUAUGGCACCAUUGGAGCAUCAAGAUCUACAUCCACUGUGAUUUUUUAUUCAAAAGAGCACAAGACAGAUACUUUAUGCCUUGAGUGUAUGUAUUUUGUUUAUAUCUGUAAUACAAAU